CAUGGCAGUCCACUGAGGCUGAGGUCAGUGGUCUCGCUCAGUCGUACGUUCAACUGUCUUUGCCAUAUUUUAUUCGUCUUCCGAAAUAUUCCCAUUGUUAUUGUUGACGAUCGAUGGUCAUACUCAAAGAAUAAGUGGAGGCGUUUUCCUCAUAAAGUUUUCGACUGCCUCUGGGAAAGGAAAAACCCUGAGUCCAGGGUGCGGAAAUGGCACAAACCGGUGUCUUGCCUUUCGUGAGGGGAGUUGACCUCUCCUCCUAUGAUUUCGAUGACAAGGAGAAGUUUCCUUGCUCAGUGCAGGAAAUGAGUGGCUUGAGAUGGCUGAAGGCCAAUCGCAGUCAUCUCACAGAAAUACCAGAAUCAAUUGCUUUUCUGGACAAGCUCGAGCAACUGAGCAUCAAGAACAAUGAGCUGACACAGCUGCACGGAGAACUGACUCAAUUACCAAAUUUGAGAGUCCUGAAUGUACGAAAAAAUCGUCUGAGAACUUCUGGGAUCCCCUCACAAUUAUUUGACCUUGAAGAUCUGACCACCCUGGAUUUGAGUCAUAAUCUCUUGAAGGAAGUUCCAGAAGGACUUGACAAGGCACACAGUUUGCUUGUGUUGAACUUAAGUCAUAAUCAGAUUGAGAGCAUUCCGAACAACCUGCUGGUGGGUUUGAUUGACCUGUUGACAUUGGACUUGAGUAAUAAUAAACUGGAGUCACUACCACCUCAGCUGAGAAGGCUGAUAAAUCUUCAGACUCUCAUUCUCAAUGACAACCCCUUAUCCAACUUUCAGUUUAGGCAGCUUCCAUCGCUUGUGUCCUUGACAACCUUGCACAUGAGGAACACAAAGCGAACCCUAAGCAACCUUCCUGGAAGUCUGGAGGGCUUACUGAGCCUAGAAGAUGUGGAUUUUUCUUGUAAUGAGUUGACCAAGGUCCCUGACUGCCUUUAUUCCCUUGCAAACCUGAAGAGGCUGAACCUGAGCGACAACUGCAUCUCUGAUCUGUCACUUGCUAUCGAUCUGUGGUCCACCAUUCAGGUGCUGAACUUGAGUCGCAACAACAUCACCGUCCUCCCAAACUCCAUCUGCCGCUUGAGCAAGCUGAGACGUCUCUAUGUGAGCUUCAACAGACUGACUUUUGAGGGCCUGCCUGCUGGCAUGGGGAAGCUGGGCUCUCUUCAGGUCUUCUCAGCCUCUAACAAUCAACUGGAAAUGAUUCCUGAAGGCCUUUGCAGAUGUGGACAAUUGAAGGUUUUGGAUCUGAGGAACAACCAGCUCAUCACUCUACCUGACACAAUUCACUUGAUCCAGGAACUGGAGCUCCACAUUGAUGGGAAUCCAAACCUUUACAUCCCACCCAAGCCUUCCAAUGCUCUGGCCCCAAGCAUUCAAUUCUACAAUGUGGACUUCAACAAACAGGCACGCCUCUGUUCAGAGAAUAUUGGCAUGCCUCCACCCCCUCCAGUCCCGUCUGCAACUCCUUCCAAGGACCCCAUAGCAAGAAAGCUGAGGUUGAGGAGGCGGAAAGAUCACGAAGAGGCUGACCAGGACCAGGCCAAGAUUCUUAAGGGGAUGAAAGAGAUUGCAAAGGUGAAAAACAAACAAGGGGCCACUCAGGCUGAACUUGGACCCGAGUCCCUCAAGCCCAAACGCUGGGAAGAAACACUGGAGAAACCACCACUUGAUUAUUCAGAGUUCUUUGAAGUUGAUGUGGGUCAGAUCCCUGGGUUAACAGUCUGGGAGAUAGAGAACUUCCUCCCAAACAUGCUGGAGGAAGCCUUGCAUGGAAACUUCUUUGAGGCUGACUGCUACAUUGUCCUCCACACUUUCAUUGAUGACUCCAAUUCCCUUGACUGGAAGAUCUUUUUCUGGAUUGGAUCCAAAGCCCCUUUGGACAAGCGUGCAUGCUCUGCUAUCCAUGCUGUGAAUCUGAGAAAUUAUCUUGGAGCAGAAUGCCGGACGGCCAGGGAAGAACAAGGGGAAGAAUCUGAGGAGUUCCUGGAGCUCUUCAAUGGUCAAAUAGCUUACAUUGAGGGUGGACGCACCUCCAGUGGAUUCUAUACAGUUGAAAAACCUGUGUACCUGACACGUCUGUAUAGAGUGCACACAUUUGGUCAGCACAUCCACCUGGAGUCUGUUGCUGUGGAGCCAAGUUCUCUGGAACCCCAUUUCAUUUUUAUCUUGGACAAUGGGCCCAGGAUCUUCCUCUGGAUCGGCAAUCAGAGCAAGUCCACUAUCCGUUCCAAGUCCAGACUCCUCAUUGAAAAGAUCAACAAGAAUGAACGGAAAAACUUGGCUGAACUGUUCACUUUCAUGCAAGGGGAGGAGCCAAUAGAGUUUUGGUCUGUGCUUGGCUGUGAAGUACCUCCAACUACACUGGAGGUUCAGGUACAAGUGGAUUCAAGCUGGCAAAAAAAGACUCCUCGCCUGUACCAAGUGGGUUUGGGCAUGGGGUACCUAGAACUUCCUCAGGUUGAACUCCCCAAGGAUCAACUCACCAUGAACAUCCUGCUCUCCAAACAAGUCUACAUCCUUGAUUGCUACAAUGACAUCUUUGUUUGGAUUGGGAAGUCAUCAACGCGUUUGGUGAGGGCAGCUGCUUUCAAACUGUCUGAAGAACUGCUGGAGAUGAUGCCCAUGCGCUCCAAGCACUCUGCCAUCAUAAGGGUCACUGAAGGGACCGAGCCUCAGGUGUUCAAGUCCAAGUUUGAAGGUUGGGAUGAUGUGAUUGCAGUGGACUUCACACGUACAGUUGAGUCUGUGAGGAAGACUGGGGCUGAUCUCAUCCAGUGGGCUAAAAAGCAAGAGACCAAAGUGGACCUUACAGCUCUUUUCAUGACACGUCAGCCAUCGAUGCCACAUGAAGAAGCCAUGCAGCUCAUGGAGGAAUGGAAUGAAGACCUGGAUCACAUGGACACAUUUGUACUCGAGGGACGGAAAUUUGUCCGUCUCCCAGAAGAGGAAUAUGGGCAUUUUUAUUCUGGGGAUUCUUACGUAUUUCUGUGUCGUUACUGGAUCCCUCUGGAAGUUGAUGAGGGAGAAGGUCCAAAGGAAGAAGAAGAAGGGAAGAAAGAUGAAGUGGCAGGGGAAGAAUCAGGAGAUGAAUUCAAAUACACAGUCUACUUUUGGCAGGGACGGGAUGCCUCCAACAUGGGCUGGCUAACUUUUACUUUUGAUCUACAGAAAAAAUUUGAAUCUGUGUUUGGGGAGAAGCUAGAGGUGAUUCGGAUGCAACAACAGCAAGAGAAUUUCCGCUUCCUGAGCCACUUUCGGGGAAAGCUCAUGAUUCACCGAGGCCAUCGGAGGAGUCAUGAGAAGGCCCAGGUAGAACUGUAUCAAGUGAGGGCCAAUGGCAGCUUUCUCUGCACCAGGACCAUUCAGAUUGCCACUGAUGCUGCACAUCUCAACUCAGCUUUCUGUCUUGUGCUGAGGGUACCAUUCAAUGAAGAUGGGAACAAGGGGAUUGUGUAUGCAUGGAUCGGGGGGAAGGCUUCAGUCCAUGAUGCCAACAUUGCCCAGGAAGUGGCUCAAGGCUUCUGUACCGAUCGAGAUGACUACAGCAUGCAGGUGAUCAAUGAGGGUGAGGAGCCAGAGAACUUCUUCUGGGUGGGGAUCGGAGGGCGCAAGCCAUAUGGUUCUGAUGCCGACUUCAUGGCCCACACCCGCCUGUUUCGCUGCUCUAAUGAUAAGGGAUACUUUGCUGUGUCAGAGAAAUGCACUGACUUCUGCCAAGAUGACCUAGCUGAUGAUGACAUCAUGCUGCUGGACAAUGGUCAGCAGGUGUUCCUCUGGAUUGGCCCACUUUCAUCUGAAGUGGAACUCAAGCUUUCUUACAAAGCAGCUCAGAGGAGAGUUAUCUCAUCUCUUCCUGAUUCCAUGACCUUAGCUGUCCUCCAAAAUUUCCUUACAGGAGACAGGAUGGAGAAUGCUGCCUUUUAUGUCUCAAUGACCCAGCUCACCAAGAUCUUGGAUGAGGUGAUGCAGGGUACAGACCCAGAGGGCAGGUGGAAUGCAGUGCUCAAGUUUUGUGAGUUUGUGACACGAGAGAAUAACGGAGUUGCAACCUCGAUCAAACUGCUUGCUGAGAAGAUACAGUCCAUUGAUGAACGUGAAGCUGAAGCUGCACUUGAGGUCCUGGAGUCAUGUGCUCGUCGCUGUGGUCCCAAGUUCCAGUCUGAGAUCGGAAAGUUUCGCUUCCUCAAUGAGAUGGUGAAGCUAGUCUCUCCGAAGUACCUGGGCAGUCGUACAAGUCCCAAGGUGAAAGGCAAGGUCAUUGAGCUCCUGUAUCUCUGGUCCCGCAUCAUGCCAGAGGAGCCCAAGAUCAAAGAGGCAUAUGACAUGCUUAAGGCUCAGAACAUUAUCAAGAGUGAUCCUGAUGUACCCCUGUGUGAUGCUGGCUCCAAAGAACUUGAAAAAGAGGACAUCUUUACAGACCAGGAAUCAAUGGUGGAACUUAAGAAGCUGUUGCAGAGCAAGAAGGUCGAGGACGUCCAGAAGGCCAAUCGCCUCAUCAAGAAGAUGGUCAAAGAAAAUGAGGAGAGGGCAGCAAAAAAGAGUCGCAGGACAAUGGAACUGGAACGAGUGGCAGAGAAUGUGUCCCUUCUGAGUGACAUGCUUCGAUGCUUUGAACCACGUUCUGCCACACCCGAGGUCCAAGAUACUAUGCACCAACUGUAUAAGUCGUGUCGGGAACUGCGCAACUCCUUGGCCAGUCUUGGAACCGAGACUGAGGACUCAGAUCCAGAUGCCCUUGCGGCCAUCAUCAAGGCAAGUGAAGACAUUGAAGCCACAUUGAAUUCGUAUGAAGACACCGUGCUCAAAGGGCAUUGGUCAGGAGGGAACUCAUUCCUCCUUGAUCUGACCUCAACUGAUGAGACUGAGCCCCAACCAGAUUCUCCUCUGGACUCACAACUCCUAGAACUUGGUUUUCUUGAUUCUGAACCAAAGACUACCCAAGAGGUGUCUCGAGAUCCAUUGGAAGAGAUAUUUGGAAGCAUUAUUCCUCCUAGUGAACCAUCUGUGUCAGUCCAGUCUUCCACUACUGAGAUGAUGAAAAUCCAAAAAAAACUGCCAGAUCCAUCAGUACCUCAAUUCAAGCAUCCUCUAGUCUCUGCUCGUCCUGAGGGAUCUCAAGAGCUCAACAAUUCUGAACCUGUAGUUGAGGAAGUGAAGGCACCUUUUGCAGACAUUGAGAAGCUCAUUCGUUCUUCCAUUCCUGCAGCUGCAUCCCUCCCUCAAAUGAGAUAUGCUGGGCCUUCUCCAAAAGUGGCAUUGCGAGAUAUGAUUGUGCAACAGAAGCAGCAGGAGGAAGAGGCAGCCAAAGCCAGAGUGAACUCUGUGGAUGUGACAAAGCCCAAUCUUAAGGAAGCCCCAUCAGUCCCACCUCCUGUGAAAUCUCCUCCUCCUUCAGCACCUUCACCUUUGCCUGUAGUCUCAGCAACUGAAAAUGCAGUCAAUGCAUCCCCAAGGCAAUCUAGUAUUGAUUUGAUUGGCAUUUCCAUUCCACUAGAAGGCAUUGAACCAAGUUCAUCAGCACCACUGCUGUUAUGGGAGGAGCACGGUGUUAGUCUUCACCUGCAGCCGGCCGAGUGCAUGGAGCAUCCUGAUGUGGGCAUUGCUGUCGUCACCCUUACCAACCGCAACAAACUUCCCCUCUCUUCCUUUGUGUUCCAAGCCCUCCCCAAGGGCCGGAAGUCGAAGCUGAUGCCUCCAUCGGCAACGGAGAUUCCCGGCUUCAAACCCUUCUUGCCCCCUCCGGUCAUCUCACAAGUCCUUGUCCUCCCGAAUAAGGAGAAGUUUCACCUGAAGUAUGUGCUUUGUUUCACUCUGGGGGACGAACUGUACUCGGAGAAAGGUUCGAGGGAAGACGUGGACCUCUCGUGAUCACCCUCAUUGUGAUAACGGAAGACCCGAGAUAUAAAGCGACUUUGAUAUUUCCUUACAUCAGCCUCUCCCGAUCGUUGCGGAUCCUUUACUAUGAAUUCGGCUCUCCUUUGUGCCUUCUCGCGACUGCAAUCGAACCAUCGUUUGUCGUGCGUAUAGUCUAACGGAUUUUAAACUCAUUCGUAUAUCGGUUACUAGGAACGGGAAAUGCUAUAAUAAUUUUUUUCGUUUUCGUCGCCGUGAAUUCAGAUCUCCAAUUUGCAGUCGGUUAUUCUAUAUUUCUGCCUGAAAGUCCUCGAUGCCUUCAAGUUAAGUAAACAUGCAUAGACUCUAUUUUUUGAGCCAUUCGUGGAUGCUUCUUGCCUCUGUCCUCGAAGAUUGCUGACGUGCUCCCUGUGUAACAUUCCGCAGGCUGUGAUCUUACUCGUUUUCAUCUCGGCUUUUAUAGUUGGAAUCCUCGUCAGAUGAAUAUGAGAUCCCGUUUCACUUCCUUGUCGAUUCACGUGUGGGCAUUCCUUUUUUUCUUUCUCCCUAAUCAACCGUCUGUAUUUUUCCCCCACACACAUAUCACCUCGGCUUUCUCCACGUGAUCGUAUUUAUCCUGAUGUUUUCAUCCUGACUCUUGAGUGAUGAUAAGUUCCAGUUGAAUCUGUGAUCGAGUACCGUACUGUCCAUUGUUGUGGCAAAGGGAAGGUUGAUUAAAGUGGAAUAAAGAAACCCACUAAUG